AUGUCUGCCCUGCAUCGCAAGAGUUUCUUUAAGAGGCGUUCAGCUCACGGCCUAUUCUCCUCCCCACAGCUUCCAACCGCGUCAUCUCCUCACGCCAUCAUCGCGAUGGCCGGCAUGCUGGGCGAUCAUGGAGAUCGCCGGCCCGUGAGCCCUAGCACUAUUGCUUCUGGGACCGAAGACCAGAUCGAGCACGCUAUUGACGGCGGCGCAGUCGGCGCAGUCGGCGAGCCACUCGUGCAGGACUUUCAAGAGCUGUACCAUGGGCCAAACGUAUCCGCGCCUCGUACGCCGGUCAAUACACCGGUAUCGAGGCCUUCACCCCUUGGUAGUCACCCUGUCGUCUCAUCAGAUGAAGAGACGGCCCCGGCGCCUCCGGAUUUCACUAGCCGUGGUAUUCAUAUACCAACCCGCACCAGGUGCAUAUUCCUGCCGUUCCCUUCAUUCUCAUCGACUAAUAAAUCCAUCCGGCUACAGCAGCAGAACAAAGAUUAA